AUGUUCCAAAAGCUUUCUAGACCAGACAAAUUGACCAUAUGUGGCGACAUUCACGGGCAAUUUCACGACCUCUCGGAGCUAUUCCGCAUUGGCGGAAAGUCACCAGACACCAACUACCUCUUCAUGGGUGACUAUGUCGAUAGAGGCUACUACUCCGUCGAGACAGUUACUCUGCUGGUGUCGUUGAAGGUGCGCCACCCUGACCGCAUCACCAUUCUCCGAGGGAACCACGAGAGUCGCCAGAUCACGCAAGUCUACGGCUUCUAUGACGAAUGCCUUCGCAAGUACGGCAGUGCGAGUGUGUGGAAGAUGCUCACAGACCUCUUCGACUACUUCCCUGUCACCCGCCGUGCCCAACCAACCACAGACUCGAUUGCUCUUCAGCCUCCUCCUCUGUCCGCUUCUCCCUCCUCAGAUCCCUCCUCCCCUCAACCCUCUUCUGCUUCCUCUCCCCCAACUGCUCCGUCCUUCCUCCCCUCUCUGCCCCCCUCCUCCCCUCAGGUCGAGUCGGAGAUUUUCUGUCUGCACGGGGGCUUGUCGCCCUCAAUAGACUCGCUGAACCACGUCUGGCAGCUCGAUCGAAUUCAGGAGGUCGAAUCAGAGAUCUUCUGUCUGCACGGGGGCCUGUCCCCCUCAAUAGACUCACUGGACCACGUGAGGCAGCUCGACCGCAUUCAGGAGGUGCCUCACGAGGGGCCCAUGUGCGACCUGCUCUGGUCCGACCCCGACGACCGCUGCGGCUGGGGCAUCUCACCCCGUGGUGCUGGCUACACGUUCGGCCAGGACAUAUCAGAGCAGUUCAAUCACAACAACGGGCUGAAGCUGGUGGCGAGAGCACAUCAACUAGUGAUGGAGGGAUAUAACUGGGCGCACGAGCAAAAAGUGGUCACUAUUUUCAGUGCACCAAACUACUGCUAUCGAUGCGGCAACAUGGCGGCUAUUCUGGAGGUGGAUGAUGCCAUGGGGCACACCUUCAUUCAGUUUGAACCGGCACCAAGAAGAGGAGAGCCUGAUAUCAGCAGGAGAACACCCGACUACUUCCUUUAA